AUGAUUAAAUGUGAAAAAACUGAUCGUCUCUUGCCAACCAUUUUGCCUCCUAUUAAUGAUGUGUGUUGAGACACUUUGAGGAAGUGGUGCCAGCCACUCAAGUUGAGUACUGACGGUAAGAAAACAGAAGUUUUUCUGAGGCAUCAGGAGCAUGCCUUUUCUGAACAGAAAUCUUCUGGCCUUAGGUGGUGUGUGAUCCAUGGCAAGCCUCUCCCCGCAGACACAGAGGGUUGGGUCUACCUACAGUUUCAUGCAGGUCAGGCCUGGGUGCCUUCCACUCCCAGGAGGAUGAUUUCCCUCUUCCUGUUACCAGCCUACCUUUUCCCAUCUCCAGGCCUAGAAGAUAAUAUGUCAUGUCCUGACUGUGCUAAGAGAAAUAAGAAGAUAAUGAAAAGAUUAAUGAUAGCAAAGAGGAAGAAGUGA